AUGGCCCUGCGCCUCCUCGCCGCGCUCAGCCUCGCGGUGCCCGUGGCCGCCGAGCGCGCGUGGGCGCGGCGCUCGGGGUCGCAGUACGUGGGGCUGGACGACGGCACCGCCUCCGUCGCAUUCGUUUCCGAGGCCGACUUAGCGAACGCCACGGCCACGAUGACGGAGCGGCUGAGGCGGAUGAAGGAGGCCAUGGACGCCAAGCUCGCUUCGAGCUUCGAAGUCGUGGACGGGAGGCUUGCGCAGGCCAGGUUGGCCGCCCAGGACGAGGUGAAGGAGUUCAUCGCGGACGCGCAAAGGAAGCUCGAGUCGAUGCAGCUCCAGGAGCAGCGCCUGCGCCUGGCGGUGCGCCACGGGGCGCACGGCAGGUGCUGCUGCGCGGCCCCGUCGCGGGCGCGCUGCGAGUGGGUCGACUUCAGUCUGCUGAGCGGCUACGCCCACUCCUGCCCGGCCGAGAGCGGGCAGGACUACGUCGACCACCACACGGUCCUCUCCAAGAGCCAGGGCGAGGUUGUGACGGUGGACACCCUCAUCGACUCCUGUUUGGGUUCGCAGGGCUGGCACGUCCACAUCGACCACCGCGGCGACGCCCAGGAGGACAUGCUGUCCCCUGAGACGCGCCGCCUCGUUGAGAAGCUCCACGGGCAGCCAAUCGCGGACGCCCCCUGA